CUGGAGCCGGGUCUGGCGGCGGUGCGCGCUGCUGCCACGUCGGACGGACCGGUUGAGUUCGGGGCGCGGGAUGGCGGCACGGUGAGAGCGGCGAGGCGGCGGCGAUGGCGGCGGGGCUGCUGCUGCUCUGCUCCGCCCUGCUGUGCGCAGUGCUGGGCUGCGCGGGCGCGGCGCUGAUCCCCCCCGCGGCCGACGUGAAGGUGGAGGUGCUGCAUAAGCCUUUCCUCUGUCACCGGAGGACCAAGUGGGGGGACAUGAUGCUGGUUCACUACGAGGGCUUCUUGGAGAGGGACGGCUCCAUGUUUCACUCAACUCACAAGCACAACAACGGUCAACCUAUGUGGUUUACACUUGGCAUAAGGGAAGCUCUCAAAGGCUGGGACAGAGGGUUGAAGGACAUGUGUGUGGGAGAGAAACGGAAGCUGACUAUUCCACCAGCCCUUGCUUAUGGAAAAGAAGGGAAAGGAAAAAUUCCACCUGAGAGCACAUUGAUUUUCAACAUUGACCUUCUAGAAAUUAGAAAUGGACCAAGAUCUCAUGAGUCAUUCCAAGAGAUGGAUCUUAAUGAUGAUUGGAAACUAUCCAAGCAAGAGGUGAAAAUUUACUUGAAGAAAGAAUUUGAAAAGCAUGGAGCAGUGGUAAAUGACACCCAGCAUGAUGCUUUGGUUGAAGACAUAUUUGAUAAAGAGGAUGAAGACAGUGAUGGGUUUAUAUCUGCAAGGGAAUUCACGUACAAGCAUGAUGAGCUGUAGAAAGAAAAGAGUGGCGUAAUUUUUUUGGACACAAAUAGCAGUGACUUAGACUGUCUGGUUCUCCUGUCAUCUUAAUUCUGUGCUUCAGAAUUGACAAUUGCUGUUGGCAAAGAAACACUUUGUUUAUAUAAAAGAGAAUUUCUGUUCUGUUCUGUUCUGUACAAAUGUUUUAAACUGUUUUAAAGUGUGAAAAUGUUCCUCCUCUUACACAGCGAAGACUUGCACAUCAGUGUUUUUAAAGUUUUGUAUUAAAUUAUUUUUCAGAAAUGAAACAAA